UGCGUCGUCAGAACAUGAAGGUUCGGAUCAACGCCACCGGUGACACCAUUGUGAUGAAGUUUGUGCGUCCGAGUCCCGACGUGAAGCUGGAGGGUUACAUUCUGGGCUACGGCAGCAGCAUGUUCUCCAAACAGUUCAUCCAACUGCCCGAGAACGGACAACCGUACGAGACCGAGAUGGACGCGGAGCCGAAGUACCUGGUGGCCGUCCAGCCGAUCCCAGUCAACGACGUGAAGAAACACUGCACAGGGAAGGUGAACCUGGAGAAGCCACUCCACCUGGUGAUCGGCUCCGUCAGCCCGACGGCGGUGCUGCUGUCCUGGGGAAACUCCCUGAAGACGCCUUAUGAAGGGAACAUCAUGAAUGAGUGUCUGGAGGACGGGUUCUACACCAUCCGCUACAGAGAGAGGAACAGGAAGUGGAUCUAUCAGACCUGCCCGACCAGCGACACUGUCAUUGACAACCUCAAACCCAACACGCCCUACGAGUUCGGCGUCCGGUCCAACAAGGACGACCGCAGUGGCAUGUGGAGUAAAGCGGUCAUCCACAACACCAACAUGGGCAAUAAGAACACACAGAAGCCGUACAAGCUGCGCAAUCCUCUCGCAAAGCCGCUGAAACCUCUCGGCCCGCACUCACUCUUCCCUCCUCGUCCCGCUCUGCACAACAGGACUCGACUCUCUCCUCUGCUCAAAAACCCGGCGUUCCCCGGAGCUCCUCGCACUUCUUUUGCGCCGCCUGAGAGCCAGCAGGAAACGUUACCUCCGCCCGGCUCCGCGGAGCCUAAAUGGCCUCAUGUGUCACUCGACAAAGGAAACUCUGUUAGAAACGACACCAACCGACCAGCGGAUCGUCCUCCUGCCCUCCCCCAACUCCUGCACACCAAAGUCCCUCUCUCCAGCGCCACAACCACCCCCUUCCUUAAAUUAUCCUCCAAUGGCGACUUGCGUCAGGGGCAGACUACUAAGGCGCCCACUAAUGCACCCGAGAAGCCUCAUAACCCUGCUGCUUUCAGCAAAUCACAGGAUGGAUCAUCGCUGCUGAGAACAGCUCUGGCCAAUGAGAGAGCCAAAAAUAACAACUGGGGUCAAGGCAGCAAAAGAAUUCUCUCUCCGACACUGCCUUUGCAGCCUUACAACCCGGCAGCUACCACGGUUGUCAGAUCCAUGAGGCCUGCAUCAAGAAACCCCCUCUUUCCCUUCUCUAAUGGCCUAAGACAGCCCCACUCUUCCUCUAGACCCAGUAACUCAUCCCCGACCUCUGGGAUACUCGGGGUAAAUGGACAGCCGCACCGGGGCAUUUCCCCACCUAGACCAGCCAUAUGGUCCAGACCUCGACUGGUGAACAACUCCUUGCUGGAGGAUAAGAAGUCUGAGUUCCCUGAAGUGUUUGACCGUUCGAGUCCCACAGUUGAAGAGCGGUUUUAUGGAUCCCCUGCUCGCCCAAUCAUACCGAUCAACAAGAAACCAAACUUGGUGGGGAAACCCGGAGAAACGGACAAAGUGAACAACUUUAAGCUGACGGACAAGUUGACGAUCCUGAAACCGAAAGUCUCAGCAGCAACCGCCAAACCGACCAAACAGGAACGCAAACAGACCACAACUGCUACGCCAACAACAGCCGCCAGUCGACAGGAAACCUGGGAGGACUCAGAGCUGUUUAAAUCCCAGCCAACCUCUGACGUUGAUGCCUUGGGCAAGAAACGUUAUGUGGCACCUCACGUCGUCUACCAAACGGGGAAGAAACCGGACGAGCCUUGCUCCAUCACCUCCUCCCUCAACUACUUCCCUGAAGAUGAACCGGGCGAGGCAAAUGUAACGGGUCCGCCCAAGUCUCCGCCCUCCAACCUCACGGUGGUGACGGUGGAGGGAUGCCCAUCCUUUAUCAUCCUGGAUUGGGAGAAAACUGACAAUGACACCACCGAGUAUGAAGUCAUCUCCACUGCUAAAGGACCUGACGGCGAGCAAGUUUCCAUCCUGACCACCAACCAGACUCACACCGCUGUGGAGAACCUCAUACCUGAGAGCAG